UACUAUAUCUGCAUUACUAUUCUCCUAGCCUAACAUAGAUAACAUCUCCUAUCUACUCUAGGCCUGCAUAGCAUAGCAUGAUGAUGCUAUCAUAGUAGAAUGAAUACUUAACCAAAACCAAACAUAAUUAAAUCCAUGCUUCGAUCCUUGUUCCAAAAUGCAUAGUAUUACUAAACAGGUAAGUUACCGGAAUGAUAAGACAGUGUUAGUGAAAGUUUAUGUUGAGAAGCCUAAGAAGAAGAGAUCAUCAUCAAUUCAACAGUAUCACCAUCAUCAUCACUAUUAUCAUAUUCAUCACACGGUUACACAAGAAGUAAAUGAUGGUUCAAGUAGUAGUAAUAGUAGUAAAGGAUAUGAUAGAAAAUCAGGAUUGCUUAUGUACUCGCGUCUCCUUCGGAAUUCUGUAAGAGGAGAAGCAUCAUUCAUGCCAUUACUUCCUAGUCAUUCGGCAAAUAAUACUAUCCAACCUACAAAUCAGUUGAAUUCUAUCAAGAAGCAUGGAGGAACGACAUGUUGCUUUGGAAAUUGGAAAUUUCUAGUUCCAAGCUUCUUAUUAAGAUCAUGGUCAAAUGACCCAAAAAAGGAGAAAAAGAAGAAGCAAGGAAUUUCAGGAAAUGGAUUUAAAAAAUUGCAGGUAAGUAAAGGAAAAGGUUUCAUUGUGAAAGUAUUUUCCACAUGCAAAUGAGCUUGAAGUUCAACUCUGCAGUGACUGUUCAAUUGUCUCAAGGUGUAAAGCCUCAAAUAUGGGUUCAAAUAAAAGAUAUUAGUACAUGUAAAGAAGAAGAGAAUAUGAUACGUUAGAGGAAAUUUAAUGGUAUUGCAGUAUAAAAUAGGAAGUAUAAAUAUAUGUGCAACAAGUCAAAAGAUAAAACUAUCCGCAAAUAUACACAAAUACAAGCACAAAAGCAUAUUAUCGGCCAAUAAUAUAUCAUGAACGAAUUAGGUUUAAGUUCU